UUUCUAUAGUAUACUUAUUAUACUCUUUGGAUGAUUGUCAAUCUCAAUCUGUCAAUAAAACUUCGUAGUGCAUUGUAAUAUUGUGUUUAUAAUAAUUCGAUAGUGCCCAUAACAAAAUAAUUUAUUUACUUUUUGAUGUUAUAGUUCUAUUUUGUGCGUAAGUUAUAAUCAUUUAAAAUUGUUACAUUAACUUUUGCACUAACAUAAGUAAUUACUUAAACUGUCAGGGACUUCAAAGAGUUCGAGAAGAUGCCAACUAUUCAUUUAAACAGUGUAAAGGAGUCCGAUGUACAAAGCACAUGUACAAAGUCACAUCACGAAUUUAAAGAAGGAUUUCGUGUACGCGUUUGUCUUGAGCGCUUCUUCUCAGACGAACGUUCCCGAGCAUACGUUAACGUGAUUCAGCACCGGCCGGUGCGCUGGCUGCAACAACAUCUCAGGAGUCUAUUUGGUUUAAAUGGACUAUUUUGUCUUUGCAGUAAUGGAUACUUUUUACCUUCAGAGGAACCGCUGUCUAUUCUUCACCCUAAUGACCCUGUUGAGGUUAUUCCAUUGUCCAAAGAAUUUUUAAAUACUGCAAAUGGAGGUUCAUCAAGCAUUAACUUGCAAUCAAAUGAGGCAGCAAAUACUCACAACUUAAUUGAUAAUAUUGUGACAUCAAACUAUGCAGCUGAAUCAGUUGAGAAACAACUUGUCAGACUCAAAGCGGAAGGUAAUACAGAAUUGUUAUGUAUGAAGCAGCAAGCUCUAGCGCUCUUAGAAACAUGUUGUGAAGAUACUGCUAGUGCAGAAUUUGAUUCAGGCAAAGCGAUGUACAGUGCAGUAGAUGGUGACAAGCCUCGUCGCACUCGUCGACGUGUUCGUCGCCGAAAGCGGCAUCUAUCUGGUGGGGAAUCAAAUGGGGGAAAUAGAGACAAAGAGACCAAUAAAGGAAAUAUUGAAAAUAAUGAACAAUCAGCAUUUGAGAAUAAUGUAUGUACCUUCAUGGAGGAGAAGUAUUUAGCAGGGGAUUUAGUAAAUAUGUUUGAAGAUGUAGAAAGGCCUACAGUUAAAGAUGAUACAAUGGAUGUAAGAAAAGCACGUCUCAUACGCUCCAUUUCACCACCUCAAAGUUAAAUAAAUGUUAAUGUAUGAUCUAUAAUUUUCAAAUUGUCUCACAUUUAUUAAUACAAUCAUAAGAUCUAUCAUAAGGGGAAGGGUGUGGUAAAGCGCUGUAGAAAUCUUGUACAGCUAUAUCCUCAUGCUUAUCCAUCCUAUAUAUAUUUGCCAACAAAAAAAAAAUCAAUGCAUUUUUUUUCCAUUCCGCAAACAUGAUAUCUAUAAGCUUGUAAGAAAAGGUUGGCAAAUCACUACUAAUGUCACCUGAUGUUAACCCAGAUGAACAACACCUUGUGUUGUAGAUUAAAAGCUAUUUUGUACAAAUGUGUCAAAAGAGAAGUGACGUUUGUUUUAGAGUUUAAGAAAAAUAAGAACAUGUGUCAGAACAUGAAUAAAGAACCUGGAAAUGUAAGGAAAUAAUAGUUUUAUUGCAAAGAUCCCUCACACCUUGCAUUUUUAAUCCUAACCAAAGAAUAAACUAUUGAGAAUAUACUUAAAGCCCAUAUACAUAUACAAUGAGUUCGCAAUGCACUGUCUACCUUAAAACGAAAAUAUGGGAAAGAGAAGAACAUUUAAAAGAGUAUGGUAUGCAUAGGAAGAGGAAGAGAUCCAAUUGUUGUAUUACUUCUAAUCCACUUCACACCUGUCUUCUUCGAGCGAGCCAUUCAUGCAGCAGCAGCUAAUCUAUCUUUGGACUAUGUACUGCGCGGCGUGGUACGCGAGGUGCGCCGGCUGGCGGCGGACCCGCCCGCCGGUGUGAAGCUGCUGCUGCGGGACAACGACCUCACUGACGUCGUGGCUCUCAUAGAUGGUCCAGCGGACACCCCUUACGCGGGCGGAGUGUUCCGCGUGCGGCUGGCGCUGGGCCGGGAGUUCCCCGCCUCGCCACCACGCGCCUACUUCCUCACCAAGAUCUUUCACCCGAACGUGUCGGCGGCGGGCGAGGUGUGCGUCAACACGCUGAAGCGCGACUGGCGGCCGGAGCUCGGGCUGGGGCACGCGCUGCUGGCCGUGCGCUGCUUGCUCAUCGCGCCCAACGCGGACUCGGCGCUCAACGCAGAGGCGGCGGCGCUGCUACGAGACCGCUACGACGACUACUUCGCGCGUGCCAAGCUCUACACCGACAUCCACGCGCGCCCCGACCACGCGCACUCGGCGCACGCCCACAAGCAGGAAUACCGUGACGUAGAGGAGAAUGUGGAGGAGGGCGGGGAAGCGGGCGGAGAGAGCGCUGAGAGCGGCGAGGGGGCGCCGCGACCGAAGCGCGAGCGGCGAGCGGCCGGCGCACGUGACACCCGUCGCAUCCUCAAGCGGUUAUAACGCCGCGCCCACCGCGACCGCCGGGCCCACCGCGCCCACCGCCCCC